AUGGCAUUGAAAAUAUGGUCUGCUGUCAUGAGAGGUCCCACAACUUCUUGGAUGAACAACAAGUUUCCAGAGCAUACGGAGUCGAAGCAGAAGACACGGGUUCCAAGACAAAGAAAAUUUUUGAAGGAGCAGAUUCUCGAUAAUGAAAGCGACCCACUCAAUGAUGAACCCGCUCUUCCAGCUGAUAAGCUGCUCCAUCUGUGGGCAGUCGGGGUUCGUGGCCGGGAUACUGGUUGGUUCCAUGGUUCACUCCCGUCGGUUCCUGAUGAUAUACAGAUGCUACGACACGGAGUCCGGAUUCUGCUCCGUAGUUUAUCGGAGACUUGUGAUUAG